ACAUUCCAACGAGCCAAGAAUUGUUGGAAUCGGAGCACAUAUGAAAAAGUUACGAAGAAAUGUUUGAUGGAUUUGUUACAACUCAUUGGAAGUCCUUUGGAGACACUCGCACGAUUCGAGAAGGACGUAAAGCGAACCGACACCGGGUUCCUGGCGAUAGCAACAGAGGUGGAGGAUGACGGAGAAAAAACCUCGGAACCUCCAGAAAAAAUCAAGGAAUUACUGAAGGAGUUCCAAGACAUUCUUCCUGACAAUCUUCCGAACGAGCUACAGCCAUACCGAACGCAUCAACACGAGAUCAUGGAGGAAUCGGGUUCGAAGCCGACCUUCCGAGCACCAUACCGGCUCAGCCCUGCGGAGCUGACUUACAUGAAAAAACAGAUCGAGUAUCUCCUAGCCAAAGGACUCAUCCGGCCAUCCACUUCGCCAUACGGUGCCCAAGUACUCUUCACAACGAAACCGGAUGGAAGCCUGCGCAUGUGCAUCGACUACCGAGCUCUUAACAAGCAGACCAUCAAGAAUAAAUAUCCGAUACCGCGAAUCGAUGACCUGCUUGACCAGCUUCGGGGAGCUACGGUAUUUUCCAAACUGGAUCUGCGGGCCGGAUACUGGCAGAUACGGAUGGCGGACAACUCUAUCCACAAAACUGCUUUCCGAACUCGGUACGGAUCGAACGAGUAUUUGGUAAUGCCGUUCGGACUCACAAACGCACCGGCAACGUUCCAAGCCGAAAUGAACCAUAUUCUACGACCACUUUUGGACAAAUGCGUGGUGGUGUACCUGGACGACAUACUCAUCUACUCGCGCGACAUGAAGCAGCACGUCGAACACCUGCGACGUGUCUUCGAAAUUCUUCGACGAGAACGAUUCUACGUCAAACUGUCCAAGAGCGAAUUCGCCCUUGAAAGGGUCCAGUUCCUAGGACACAUGGUGAGCGCUCAAGGAAUUCACGUCGACCCCAAGAAAAUCGAGGCCGUACGCACGUGGAAGACACCCGAGAACGUGAAGGAGUUGCAACAGUUCCUAGGCUUUGCUAAUUACUACAACAGGUUCGUGCCACAAUAUGCGAAAAUCGCAGCACGACUCACGAAUCUGCUGAAGAAGAACACGCCCUAUAAAUGGGAACCAAAGCACCAGGAAGCCGUGGAGCAGCUGAAACAAGCACUCACGUCCGCACCAGUACUCAUCUUGCCAGAUCCCGAACGCGACUACGUAAUCGAAGCUGAUGCCAGCGACCAGGCAGUGGGGGCAGUCUUAAUGCAAGACCAGGGGAAUGGACUGCAACCAAUCGCCUACCUCAGCAAGAAACUACACGGAGCAGAACUAAACUACCCGAUACACGACAAAGAGGCCCUUGCCAUCGUCAUCGCCUUUAAAGCGUGGAGAUGUUAUCUGGAAGGACGAAGAACAACCGUCUACACCGACGACUGCAGCCUGAAAUACUUGAAGACACAACCCAAUCUUUCCAGGCGGCAGGUCCGGUGGAUCGACUUCCUCGAGACACACUUCCACUACGACAUCGUGUACAAGCCCGGCCACAAAAACAAAGCAGACACCCUCAGCCGGCCUGCACACGUUGCUGCCAUUCAGAUUGAAGGGAUGAAUCCACUACUCAAGGGACUCUUCACACACGGGUACGCCAUCGACCCCGAAAUUCCCUUGGCAGAAAAGCGACAUCUGCUACAGUGGGACAACCCCAAGUUCACCAGCAAGUUCUGGAAGGAACUUAUGUCUCUUCUCGGGACCAAACUCGCCAUGUCAUCCGCAUACCAUCCGCAGACAGACGGACAGACCGAGCGCCUCAACCAAAUUGUUGAGCAACUCCUCCGAGCAGCCUGCAAGGACGAGAUCUCCAAAUGGGACUUGCACCUGCCCGUACUAGAGUUUGCUUACAACAAUACUACACAUGCCGCUACUGGACAGACGCCGUUCUUCCUCUGCUACGGACGCCACCCACUCACACUACAGAAACCGACAACAUCCGCUACGGUACAACCUGCACAUGAUUUCAUCACAACCAUGCAUCAGCUUUGGGAUCGGACCCAUAAGCGCCUCCUCGACAUUCAGCAGCAACAAAAGCGCCAAGCCGAUCGCCAUCGCAACGACCACACCAUCACGGUGGGAGACCAGGUGCUUCUUGACACCCGCAACCUGGACAUCGGCCAUCUUCCAUCUAAACUUCGACCUCGCUUCUGCGGGCCUUUUCUCGUUGAAGCACAGAUUCACAACGCCUUCCAUGUCCAGCUUCUGAAGCCCUACCGGGAUCCAAACACGAUCUUCGUCGGACGCCAACCGCCGCCGCCGCCGCCCGUCCUCGUCCAGAAUGAACCCGAGUACGAGGUUGAGUCCGUGCUAGCACACCGCCGACGUCGGAAUGGCACAGUGAAGCUUCUCAUCCGUUGGAAGGGUUAUGAUCCUUCUGAGGACAGCUGGGUCCCUGAGUACGACAUGGGUAACGCCCGUCGUCCUCUGCAUGACUACCUUGUCAAGCAGGGUGUUACUUCUACCACCCAGCUUUGAGGGGGGGAAGUGUGAGAGUACGA